AUGAUAGACAAAUUCGAUUACAUUGGCUACCUGCUUGCUUUAUUCGAAAUGGUAAGCCAUAGAAGAAAAAUCAACUGCAUAUUGUCUGCAAGUAAUUGCUUGCUGUCUUGCAUGAUCUUUCCCUUGUACAUACUCUUGUUGUGUUCCUGUCGUGUGGGUUGCUAUGCUAGAGACACUUUAAAGCAGGGCGAGUGGAUUACUAGCGAUGGAGGAACCCUUGUCUCCAUUGGAGAAACUUUUGAACUGGGAUUCUUUAACCCUAUCAGAAGCUCCAGCCAGAGUAGCCACAAAAGGUUCGUUGGGAUAUGGUACAAACAGGAUCAACAAACAGUUGUUUGGGUUGCCAACCGAGACAGCCCACUAAAAGGUUCCAUUGGAACUUUUGGAAUUGUAGAAGAUGGCAACCUUAAGGUAUGGGAUACUACUGGAAACGUUUAUUGGACUACAGGUGUUGAGAAUCAUUCGUCUACAAAUCGAACUGUUAAGCUCAUGGAUUCUGGAAACCUUGUCCUAACCGAUGAUGAUCAGUUGGCGACGAGUCUGUGGGAGAGCUUCCAUAAUCUAACUGAUACAUUUCUUCCAGGUAUGAAGAUGGAUGAAAACCUGAGGUUGACUUCAUGGAUACAUGAUGGUGACCCGGGAAGAGGACAGUUCACGUUUAAGCAAUAUCUUCAAGGAGAGGGCUACUAUGUUAUCUUAAAAAAGCAAGCCGAUUAUUGGAGAAGUCGGAUUUCAGGCAACUUCUUGAGCUCAGAUGAUCAAAUACCCUUUGCCAUAGCCUACUUGUUGUCAAAUUUCAGCAACACCGUGAAGCAUAACAAGUACCCACAACUGCUGCUGGAUUAUAACUACACAAGUUUAGUGAUGAAUUAUACGGAUUAUAGUCACACAAGAUUAGUGAUGAAAUAUAACGGGGAAUUACAGUACCUGAAGUGGGAUGUGGACAAGGGAAUUUGGUCUUUGAUAUGGAAGGGGCCGGGAGACCAAUGUAGCAUUUACAAUGCCUUUGGGAAUUUCGGCAGCUGCAAUAUUAACAAUAGGGUGGUAUGCAAAUGUUUGCCCGGGUUCCGGCCUACUAACCCGACGAAUUGGGAUUCUGGAGAUUUUUUGGGUGGAUGCACCAGAAAAUCGACAUCAUUUGACAACAGCGACAUGUUUUUGAGCUUAAAGAUGAUGAAAGUGAGCAACCCAGACUCUAAUUUCAUUGCAAAAAAUGAAACAGAAUGCAAAAAGGAGUGUCUUAACAGCAGCCAGUGCCAAGCUUAUUCAUACGAGGUACCUCAAAACAGCAACCUAAGAAGUGAUAGUACAACCACUACUGAGACCGACAUCUGCUACAUUUGGAUUGGGGAUCUUCGUAAUCUUCAAGAGGAGUACACAAACGGUGGCCGUAACCUCUCUGUCCGCGUGGCAAAAUCUGUUAUAGAACCAACCGUUAGUAAUUGUGAGCCUUGUGGCACAAACCUGAUCCCCUAUCCGCUGAGCACUAGACCAAAUUGUGGUGACCCUAUGUACUUCAGUUUCUACUGCAACAGUUUUACUGGCCAGGUUAGCUUCAAGACACCUAGUGGCACCUAUCGAGUAGCCAGUAUCGAUCCAAGUGCAGGAACAUUUGUCAUCCAAGUCAACAAUGCAGAAAAUCCUGAAGCUAGAAGUCCAAGAGGAUCUCUGCUGCUCAAUUACACACUCCCAUUUAAUACACCCGGCUGGUUUACUGCUAAUGAAGUAAAGAUUAGUUGGGAGCCACCACUGGAGCCAACCUGUACUUCACGCGCAGACUGCAAGGACUGGACAAAUUCAACUUGUAGUAUAACAAGAGAUGGAAAGAGGAGGUGCCUUUGCAAGCAAAACUUCUAUUGGAAUGGCACCACUUUGAAAUGUACUCAAGAAGGUGAUCUUCCUGGGGGGUUAGAAGAGAAUUCAAAAAGAAAGAAGCGGUUGCCUCUGAGUGUUAUGGUACCUCUUAUAAGCGUGUUUGCUCUCACAUGUACCAUUACUUGUGUAUAUCUAUGGAGAAGAAAGAUGGCCAAGGAAGAAGAAAAGAGAAGAAGUGGUGAAAGAAAUCGAGUACUUCGCACAUUAGAUAGUGGAAGACACCUCAAAGACUUGAUGGGCUCUGGUGAGUUUAGAGAAGAAGAUGAGAAAGGCAUAGAUGUACCAUUUUUUGAUUUAGAAAGCAUUCUAAUAGCCACAAAUAGCUUCUCAGAUGCAAAGAAGCUUGGAGAGGGGGGCUAUGGGCCUGUUUACAAGGGCACAUUUUCAGGAGGUCAAGAGAUUGCUAUAAAGAGGCUCUCAAGUGUAUCAAAACAAGGCUUUCAAGAAUUUAAAAAUGAGGUGGUAUUGAUUGCAAAAUUACAACACAGGAAUCUUGUUAGGCUUAGGGGAUAUUGCAUAAAAGGAGAUGAAAAACUUUUACUCUAUGAAUACAUGCCCAACAAAAGCUUAGACUCAUUUAUAUUUGAUCAAAAGCUAAGCAUGUCUUUGGACUGGGAGAUGCGCCUCAAAAUCAUUUUGGGAAUAGCUCGUGGGCUUGUUUAUCUUCAUCAUGACUCUAGAUUAAGGAUCAUCCAUAGAGAUUUGAAAACCAGCAAUAUUCUUUUAGAUGAGGAGAUGAACUCCAAGAUAUCUGAUUUUGGCUUAGCAAGGAUGGUUGAAGGCAAAGAAACCGGAGCAAACACCACAAAAGUAGUUGGAACUUAUGGCUAUAUGUCUCCAGAAUACGCACUAAAUGGAAUUUUUUCAGUCAAAUCUGAUGUUUUUAGCUUUGGUGUGGUUCUACUUGAAAUUAUAUGCGGAAAAAAGAAUACAGGAUUUUAUCAGUCAGAACUAGCCAUGAGCCUUAUAAGUCAUGCUUGGAGAUUGUGGGUAGAAAACAAGGUGUUGGAUUUAAUGGACCAGAGUCUACGUGAAGUUUGCAAUGCAGAUCAGUUCAUGAAGUGCGUAAAUAUUGGACUCUUAUGCGUACAAGAAGAUCCGAAUGACCGCCCCACCAUGUCAACUGUGGUUACCAUGCUUGACAGCGAACCUGCAACAAUUCCAACUCCAAAACGGACAGCUUUUGUUCCAACUCCGAGAGGCUGUUCUAGCAGUACAGAUACUUCUUCUAGUAGACCAGACACAUAUACGGAAUCAACAAGUAGUUUUGGAGGAAGAUGAUCGAAAUAUAAUGCAUGAUAUAUACCAGUUCUAGUAAGUCUGGUCCUCUACUUGACUAGCUAGUAAAGGUUGUAGGGGACAAAACGCUGGUUUUCUAUAAAUAAGAAGGUUGUAUUAGCCCUCCACCCAAAUGAUAGUUUUCUCCCGAUAUCUAUUCCUUUACUUGAAACUUC